AUGAAAACCCCACCCAAUUUUGAAGACGAAUUAGAAGAGGAGACCGAGUCUGAUGAGGUGUUUCCAGUUUUUAGAGAGGGGGCUAAGUUUGGGGAGCUUCACUUAGAGGUUGGAAUGAAGUUUAAUACGAAGUGGGAUUUUAAAGAGGCUGUUAGGGAGUACACCAUCCAGGAGGGAAUGCGUAUUCGAUUCAAUAAAAAUGAUAGGAAGAGGCUUAGGGCAGUUUGCAAGGUGAAGGAAUGCAGUUGGGUUAUCUUUGCUUCCAAGGAUCGAGACGAUACUUGCUGGCAAGUGAAAACUUUCAGAGAUGAUCAUAGCUGUGCAAGGGAGGAUAAGAACAGAACAGCCAAUCGUAACUGGGUUGCUAUUAAGCUGGUGAAGAAAAACAGAAAGUAUCCCAACUUCAGGCAUUGUGAUGCAAACACCUUCUUCAAGACUAAGUAUGAUCUGUCAUUGAAUAGGAACUCGAUCUCAAAGGCACUAUCUGAUGCUAGAAACCUUGUAUAUGGUGAUGAAAAGGCACAGUAUGCAAUGGUGAGGGACUAUGGGGAGACACUGCUGAAGACUAACCCGGAUUUGGGAGAUUACAAGACACAUGGUUGGUGUUUCAUUUCUGAUAUGCAAAAGGGACUCAUAAAUGCUGUACAGGAGGUGAUGCCCAAUGUGCAUCACCGUUUCUGUGAAUUCAGGGAACAUAGGGAAAAGUUGAAGCGGCUAAAUCCGGAGGCUUGGGCAUACCUAGAAAAAUGGCCAACACAUUCUUGGACAAGAUCUCAGUUCAGUCACAAGUCAAAGUUAGACUCAAUAUGUAACAAUGCGUGCGAAGUAUUCAACGCAAAGAUUAAGGAAGCUAUGAGGAAGCCUAUAAUCACACUGCUGGAAGAGGUUAGGAUGUUCGUAAUGAGGACGAUAGCCAAAAAUAAAGUGAAGUUGGAUAAUCAUGUGGGGAUACUUUCCCCAGUGAUCAAGAGCAGACUGGAGAAGCUGAGGAAGGAAUCUGGGUAA